GAAUCAAUGAUGCAGAAGCCAAGGAAACAUCCCUGUCAUUGCCAACCUACGUGGACAUGCAAAGAUAACCCCAAAUGUCCCAAAUGGCAUCAGACUGCUCUGAGACUGACCAGUGUUGCCAUGGUUACACUUGUUGCCACAGUGAUAGGACUAACUGUCUGGGUAAGUCACCUAAGAAUAUAUUCCUGCAGUGACAACCCCAGUGAGAGGUUCAGUAGUGAUAAUGGAACCAAAGACUACAGCUGCAUGAAUCUUUCUCCUAGGAAGCAGCAGAACAGUACAAACUUCAUAAGAAACCCUAGCCAAAACUUAUGCCCUAAUGACUGGGUGCAGAAGAAAGGGAAAUGCUAUAACUUUUUCAAAACCUAUCAAUCAUGGAUCGAUAGCCAAAAAUUCUGUUCAACAAUGAAAUCACAUCUCUUGGUGAUCCAAGAUAAGGCUGAAUUGGAUUUCUUACAGAGCAAUAUACAAGAUGGAAUUUACUUUUGGAUCGGAUUGAACAUUUCUAAUCCACAAAAGAUGUGGACCUGGCUGGAUGGCACCCCAUUAAAUCUACAACUGGAAACUUCUAGGAGAAUGGCGUGUAUGGAUUAUAACUCAGAUCUCUCCAUGAUGAAGGUUCUAAGCCUCAGUUUCAGAUGUGUCAAUUAUAUACUCAGGACUUACCAACCCUGGUUGUAUAGUGUUCCAUCGAUCCACUUCCAAGUCUGCCCUGGUUUUCGCCUCAGCCCAAUCCAAUAUUGAGAACGGUCAGAA